UUAAGUGCACCGUGUGUACUCCCCUAAGCUCUAGCUCUCUCCUCUAGCCACCACCAGCUUAGCGAAGCUCGCCAGCCAUCUCGAUCGCAAGCCACAACGCCGCCACUGCACACACCUCGCACGAUCACCUCACCACUUCACCCAGCUAGCUCCGAAGCUCCAUCCAUGGCGCACCACCAGCAAGCCGCGGCCCGGUCCACGAGGCAGUGGGCUCCGGCGUCGUCGAGGGUGGCCAUCAUCGGCGGGGGCAUCAGCGGGCUCGCCGCGGCCCGUAAGCUGGCGGCCCACGACCCGGUGCUGUUCGAGGCGACCCCUUCCAUCGGGGGCGUGUGGAAGAACUGCUCGUACCGCACCACGAGGCUCCAGACGCCCCGGCCGGACUACGAGUUCACCGACUACUCCUGGAGCAACCGCGACGACCCUUCCUUCCCGACCCACGCCGAGAUCGUCGACUACCUCGAGGGCUACGCCGACGCCUUCGGCCUCUGGCGCUACAUCAUGCUCGGCGCCAGGGUCGUCGGCGUCCGCUUCCUCGGCGCGCCCGACGCCGCCUUCACCGACCUCUGGAGCGGCUCCGGCAAGGCCCAGCUCGACGGCAAGCCCAUGUGGGAGGUCGGCGUCGAGACCGGCACCGGCGAUUCCGCCACCGUCCAGUGGUACAAGUUUGAGUUCGUGGUGAUGUGCACGGGGAAGUACGGCGACGUGCCGCGGAUGCCGGUGUUCCCCAAGGGGAAGGGGCCGGAGGUGUUCAAGGGGCAGGUGAUGCACUCCUUGGACUACUGCAAGCUCAGCGAGCCGGAGACGGUGGAGCUCAUGAGAGGCAAGAAGGUUGUCGUCGUGGGCUUCAAGAAGAGCGCUAUUGAUCUGGCCAACGAAUGCGCUCAGGCCAACCAAGGUGAGGGAGGGCAGCCGUGCACGAUGCUGGUUCGGACCCUGCAUUGGGUGGUGCCGUCCUACUCCAUCUGGGGCCUCCCCUUCUUCCUCUUCUACUCCACGCGCUUCUCCCAGCUCUUCUACGAAAGGCCCAACCAGGGCUUCUUCAGGUCCCUCGUGUGCGGCCUCAUGAGCCCACUGAGGGCAGGGGUGUCCAAAUUCAUCGAGUCGUACCUGUCGUUCAAGCUGCCGCUGGGUCGGUACGGGCUGAGGCCGGACCACCCGUUCGUGGAGGACUACGCGAGCUGCCAGAUGGCCAUCCUGCCCGAGGCCUUCUUCGACAUGGCCGACCGUGGCCUCGUCCGCUUCCAGAGAGCCCCCGACGGCUGGUGCUUCUCCGAGACCGGCGUCGUCCUCGACGACGGCACCCGCGUGGACGCCGACCUCGUCUUCCUCGCCACGGGAUUCGAGGGCAAGGACAAGCUCCGCUCCGUCCUCCCCGACCCCUUCCGCUCCCUCCUCGUCAACAAGGAGUCCUCCAUGAUGCCCCUCUACAGGGGGACGAUCCACCCGAGGAUCCCGAACAUGGCGUUCGUGGGGUACGUGGAGAGUGUGUCGAACCUGCACACGUCGGAGCUCCGGUGCCGGUGGCUGGCGGGGCUGCUGGAAGGGAGGUUCGCGCUGCCGAGCGUGGGGGAGAUGAUGGCGCACGUGGAGGACGAGGCGGAGGCCAUGAAGCGCACCACGAGGUUCUAUCGCAGGCACUGCAUCUCCGUCUACAGCAUCCACGACAGCGACGGCAUGUGCGCCGACCUGGGAUCCGCCACGCUCCGCAAGCGCAACUGCUUCGCCGAGCUCUUCGCGCCCUACAACAACCAGGACUACAAGGAACAGUAAUGUCGAUCAAUCAGCGCCGUCAGACGUUCAUGCUCGGUCGGUCGAUCCUACGGUCGAUCGAGUAGGGAUGGACGUUCUCGGUUACACAAAAUUGGUUAAUUCCUUUUAGUCAAAACAUACAUAUAUGCGUGAUAUAUUCAUUACAAAAAAAUAACUACACACACACACACCGUAGCUCGAUUAAGUAGCUAGCUGGUGUAAUAAGAUUCGUUUUUUAUUUAUUUUUUCGUCUAUUUCUUCUUCUACUAGUCGUGUAUGUAAGUUAGGGGUCAUGACUAAUAAUCCGGCCAGGCCAGGACUAGGUCGUGAUCAAGGGUGUCAUGUGAACCGAGGAAGCGUCUGGUUGAGGACCCGAUCGAGACCGCGCGCGCGCGGGCACGCGUCUCGUCUCGCCAGCGACCGCGAGAUCUCCAACGGAAACCGAAUAUCGAACCAGACCGGGACCAUGUGGAGGAUAUUGGAGUCCGUAUGUACGUCUACUUUGUCGGAACUCGCGGAAGAAAGAGUUCACUAUAUAUAUAUAAGUCGAGUCCUCUGUAAUUCGUUUUUUUGUCAAUGUAUCUCUAUAUUGGGUUUGGUACA